AUGAACGAUCAGAGCCAUGCUAUGCAAACCCACGACCCCCAGAGCUUAACACCUCCCUCGAUCAUCUCCAUCCCAGACUUAACUGAUGUCAUCAUUCGACAUCAAUCAUACCCCACUGACGGCGGUGCAUACGGCGAUAUCUAUCGAUGUACAUACCACACACCAGAGGGGGAUGUAGAGGUCGCCGUCAAAGCAAUUCGACCACUAUUCACCAAUGCUGCAGAGUUGGCUAAAAUUUCUGAGAUUUUUCGGAGAGAGUUCGGGAUUUGGAAGAGGUUGGAACACCCUAAAAUCUUGAAUCUCAUAGGUACUACACAGAACUUUGGCCCGUUGGUGGCUUCGGUCGCUCCGUGGAUGGUCAACGGCACUCUGACGUUGUUCCUCAAGAAGAAGAACACUCUCAAACUACGUGAUCGUCUACGUUUGCUCCGUGACAUCGCCGAGGGCCUCGACUAUCUCCAUAACGGACACCCGUACUUGAGUCCAGUCGUUCACGGAGACCUCACUGGUAACAAUGUCCUCAUCAACAAUAAUGGAUCGGCAUGUCUUACAGAUUUUGGCCUUUCUGGCACUUUGAGCGAGCUGGCCGGCAUGACGUAUCUCAUUAAGACCAGCUGUCGUCCAGGAGCACUGAGAUGGACAGCUCCUGAAUUUUUUUCUGGCGACGAAUCAGCCGCUGUGGUCACGACUCAAAGUGACAUUUACUCCUUUGGUAGCAUCAUGCUUCAAGUUUUGACGGGAGACGUGCCUUGGUCUUACCUGAAAAAUGACGGCGCAAUCACGCUUCACUUGUCUCAGGGGAUCAUUCAUCGUCGCCCCCCCAGUCGUUAUGUCACAGAUCGGUGCUGGGAUUUUAUCCUCCGCUGUUGGUCUACGACACCCAACGAUCGGCCUUCUGCCGCAGAAGCACUUCAAUUUGUUGUUAGCGAGCAGAGCCUAGCUUAA